CCGGAGCGUGGACCCGGAGGCACAGGAAUGCAAACAAAGCCGGCGGGCGCCCGGGCAGGGCUCGCGGGGGAGCCCGGAAAGUUUGUUUUAUGAUGGCUUGAGUGCGCGGGUGUGUGCCAAGUUUCUUCGCCCUCCCGCUCCGCUCCCGGCGCGGAGAUGUUUCUCGUAUGAGCCCCGCCGAGCUCGGGACCGGGGGGCUUGUGCCGUGGGAGGGGGGGGGACACCUGUCUCGCCUUUUAUUAUCCUUAUUCUCCUUACUUUGGGUGGAAGAGGGAGGGGGGUGUAGCUCAUCAUGUCGAAAGUGAUGCAGAGGAAGAACCACUGGACUGGCCGGGUUCACGAAUGCACCGUGAGGCGGGGGCCGCAGGGCGAGCUGGGGGUGACGGUGCUGGGGGGCGCGGAGAACGGGGAGUUUCCGUACCUCGGAGCGGCCCAGGCUCCGGGACUUCCCGGCGGCGGCGAGGGCCCGAAGCUGGGCGAAGGGGAGCUGCUGCUGGAAGUGCAGGGGAUCCGGGUGUCCGGCUUGCCCCGCUACGACGUGCAGGGAGUCAUCGACAGCUGCCCGGACGCCGUCACCUUCAAAGCCGUCCGACCAGGAGGGAAGCUCACCAAGGACCUGCGCCACUUCCUCAAUCAGCGCUUCCAGAAGGGGUCCCCAGAUCAUGAGCUCCAACAGACCAUAAGGGAUAACCUUUACCGCCACGCUGUGCCUUGCACAACCCGAUCUCCCAGAGAAGGAGAGGUGCCAGGAGUGGAUUACAACUUUCUAACUGUGAAGGAGUUCUUGGAUCUUGAGCAGAGCGGGACUCUUCUAGAAGUUGGCACCUAUGAAGGAAACUAUUAUGGGACACCCAAACCUCCUAGCCAGCCAGUCAGUGGGAAAGUGAUCACGACGGAUGCCUUGCAAAAUCUUCAGUCUGGCUCCAAGCAGUCGACUCCGAAGCGAACCAAGUCCUACAAUGAUAUGCAAAAUGCUGGCAUAGUCCAUGCGGAGAACGAGGAGGAGGAGGAUGUUCCUGAAAUGAACAGUAGCUUUACAGCCGAUUCUGGUGACCAGGACGAGCACAUUCUCCAAGAAACAACAGUCCCACCUGUGAAUAGUAGCAUCGUCGCUGCUCCCAUCACGGACCCCUCUCAGAAGUUCCCACAGUACCUACCUCUUUCUGCAGAGGAUAAUUUAGGUCCUCUACCUGAAAACUGGGAGAUGGCCUAUACCGAAAAUGGAGAAGUCUAUUUUAUAGACCAUAACACGAAAACAACAUCUUGGUUAGACCCUCGGUGCCUGAACAAGCAGCAGAAACCUCUGGAAGAAUGUGAAGACGAUGAAGGGGUACACACCGAGGAGCUGGACAGUGAACUAGAACUGCCUGCUGGUUGGGAAAAGAUCGAAGACCCUGUCUAUGGUGUCUACUAUGUAGACCACAUCAACAGAAAGACCCAGUAUGAGAACCCUGUUCUGGAAGCCAAGCGGAAGAAGCAGUUAGAGCAGCAGCAACAGCAACAACAGCAGCCACCACCGCCAGAAGAAUGGGCAGAAGAUCAUUCAUCCCUUGUGCCUCCUGUUGUUUCUACCCAUCCCCCAAGCAAUCCAGAGCCAGCCAGGGACCCUCCACUUCAGGGCAAACCCUUUUUUACACGAAACCCUUCCGAGCUGAAAGGCAAGUUCAUCCACACGAAGCUGCGGAAAAGCAGUCGUGGCUUUGGCUUCACGGUGGUAGGAGGAGAUGAACCCGACGAAUUCCUGCAGAUCAAGAGCCUGGUUCUAGAUGGUCCUGCCGCACUGGACGGCAAGAUGGAGACAGGAGAUGUGAUUGUCAGCGUGAAUGACACCUGUGUUUUGGGACACACCCAUGCGCAAGUUGUGAAAAUCUUCCAGUCAAUUCCCAUUGGUGCCAGUGUGGACCUUGAACUCUGUCGAGGUUACCCAUUGCCUUUUGACCCAGAUGACCCCAACACAAGUUUAGUGACCUCAGUGGCCAUUUUGGACAAAGAACCAAUUAUUGUGAAUGGACAAGAGACCUAUGACUCGCCCGCCAGCCACAGUAGUAAGACAGGCAAAGUGAGCAGCAUGAAGGAUGCCAGGCCAAGCAGCCCUGCCGACGUGGCUUCCAACAGUUCUCACGGCUAUCCCAAUGACACAGUCUCCUUGGCUUCCUCCAUAGCCACUCAGCCAGAACUUAUCACUGUCCACAUAGUCAAAGGGCCCAUGGGCUUUGGUUUUACUAUUGCAGACAGCCCUGGUGGAGGAGGUCAGAGAGUGAAACAGAUUGUGGACAGUCCUAGGUGCCGAGGCCUGAAAGAGGGAGACCUCAUAGUGGAAGUGAAUAAGAAGAACGUUCAAGCCCUCACACACAACCAGGUCGUGGAUAUGCUGAUUGAAUGCCCGAAGGGCAGCGAGGUCACGCUGUUGGUGCAGCGGGGAGGGCUACCAGUUCCUAAGAAGAGCCCAAAGUCGCAACCACUGGAAAGGAAAGACAGCCAGAACAGCUCCCAGCACAGUGUGUCCAGCCACCGGAGCCUGCACACAGCAUCCCCAAGCCACAGCACUCAGGUGCUCCCCGAAUAUCCACCUACAGAGGCCCCCACCCCAGAGCAGACUGACAACUCUGGGCAGAAAAAACCAGAUCCUUUUAAAAUCUGGGCCCAGUCCAGGAGCAUGUAUGAAAACCGACCUAUGUCACCUUCGCCUGCAUCGGGAUUGAGCAAGGGUGAAAGAGAGAGAGAAAUCAAUUCCACGAAUUUUGGAGAAUGUCAGAUUCCAGAUUACCAGGAACAAGACAUCUUCCUCUGGAGAAAGGAGACUGGAUUCGGCUUUAGGAUUUUGGGUGGAAAUGAGCCAGGGGAACCUAUUUAUAUUGGUCACAUCGUACCACUGGGUGCUGCUGAUACGGAUGGCCGCCUGAGGUCUGGCGAUGAAUUAAUCUGUGUGGAUGGGACACCAGUAAUUGGAAAAUCACACCAGCUUGUGGUCCAGCUUAUGCAACAAGCUGCCAAGCAAGGCCAUGUCAAUCUCACAGUACGACGUAAAGUGGUGUUUGCCGUGCCCAAAGCGGAGAACGAGGUGCCCUCGCCCGCCUCCUCCCACCACAGCAGCACGCAGCCCGCGUCCCUGACCGAGGAGAAGCGCACGCCGCAGGGCAGCCAGAACUCGCUGAACACGGUGAGCUCGGGCAGCGGCAGCACCAGCGGCAUCGGCAGCGGGGGCGGCGGGGGCAGCGGCGUGGUCAGCACCGUGGUCAGCACCGUGGUCAGCACCGUGGUGCAGCCCUAUGACGUGGAGAUCCGGCGUGGGGAGAACGAGGGCUUCGGCUUCGUCAUCGUGUCCUCGGUGAGCAGGCCCGAAGCAGGCACGACCUUCGCAGGCAAUGCAUGUGUGGCUAUGCCUCACAAAAUAGGUCGGAUUAUUGAGGGGAGCCCUGCUGACCGCUGUGGCAAGCUGAAAGUAGGAGACCGGAUCUUGGCAGUAAAUGGAUGUUCCAUCACCAACAAAUCCCAUUCAGACAUUGUCAACCUAAUCAAGGAAGCGGGAAACACAGUUACCCUCCGCAUCAUUCCUGGGGAUGAGUCUUCAAAUGCCACCUUGUUGACCAAUGCUGAGAAGAUUGCCACCAUCACCACCACACAUGCCCCUUCUCAACAGGGGGCUCAGGAGGCAAGGAGUACCACCAAACCAAAGCCGGAAUCACAGUUUGAGUUCAAAGCACCACAAGCUGCACAGGAACAAGACUUUUACACUGUGGAACUGGAAAGAGGAGCCAAAGGAUUUGGCUUUAGUCUUCGAGGGGGUCGAGAGUAUAAUAUGGACCUCUAUGUUCUGCGCUUGGCAGAAGAUGGUCCAGCAGAAAGGUGUGGAAAGAUGAGGAUUGGUGAUGAAAUUCUAGAGAUCAAUGGUGAGACCACCAAAAACAUGAAGCAUUCUCGGGCCAUAGAACUGAUUAAGAAUGGUGGCCGCAGAGUUCGUCUGUUUCUGAGACGGGGAGACGGCUCAGUCCCAGAAUAUGACCCCAGCAGCGACCGGAACGGCCCCGCCGCCGCCGGUGCACAAGGGGUUCCGGAAGUGAGGCCGGGGCCGUGCGACCGUCGACCACAUCCAUCAUUGGAGUCCAGUUACCCACCCGAUCUUCACAAAUCAUCACCACACGGGGAAAAGCGGGCACACGCGAAGGAUCCCAAAGGCAACCGAGAGUACAGCAGACAACCCAACGAACACCACACCUGGAAUGGAACUUCUAGAACACCCGACGGCGGGGUAUGCCGGCCCAAGGAGCGGGCGCUGGAAGGAUGGAGAGACGCGCCGCCGCCCGAGCGCACGGCCACCAACGGGCCCAAGCGCAAGGCCGUGGAGAAGCGCAGGGAAGGCACCCGCAGCGCGGACAACACCCUGGAGAGGCGACAGAAGCACGAGAAGCGCAGGGAGCUUUCUCCCGAGAGGCGGCGAGAGAGGUCCCCGACCCGCAGACGGGACAGCUCGCCCGGCCGCCGGCGGAGGUCCUUGGAGAGGCUCCUGGAUCAGAGACGGUCGCCGGAGCGGCGUCGGGGGGCCUCGCCCGAGCGGAGAGCCAAGUCCACCGACCGGAGGAAGGCCCGCUCCCCGGAGCGCCGGCGAGAGCGCUCCCUGGACCGAAGAAACAGGGAGGACCGAGUGGGCGCCCACCGCGAGAGGGAAGAGGCCAGCCUGAGACCGGAGGCCGGCAGGAGUUCCAGGAACCCCCCGGAGCAGAGGAGGCGACCCUACAAAGAAUGCAGUACGGACCUCAGCAUCUGAGACGGGGAACGCACAAGACCGCCUCCCAACCUUUACCGUGUCAAAGGUUCUAAGAGGAAGGGCACACACCUGACAGAACUCAGUGUCGUACCUACCUACACGCAGCAGCUUGUCACCUGAUGAUCCUCCCAAUAGCAGCGGACAUUUUAUGUAUUUGAGAUCUUAUAAGAAGAAAGAAAGAAAGAAAUAUAUAUAUAUAUAUAUAUAUAUAUAUGAAAAGUGUUGUGCCUGAUGUAUAAUAUUAAAGAAAGUAUUUUUAAAUGCAUACUUCUUUUGGGAAAUUAUUUGCCAAAAUACUGGCCCAAAGGGAUAUCAAUUCUGUUUCUACAUAAACUGUAGAAUUGUCAAGCAUUGUCCUCCCCUUGGGCCAACCUUCCUCUCCUGGUUCAAUGGGACUGUUGUUCAUUUUCUGUGAGGAAAGGAAAUGAUUAAGAUCAAUGAGCUUAAUACAGACUUUUGCAUAGUGAUGUCAUGCAGACAGGAGUUUUUUCUUAAAAGCAAAGAGCAAAAACACAAAAGGUGAACUCAGUCAGGCCACAGUAACUCACACCUGUCAUCCUAUCAGGAUGCUGAGAUCCGAGGAUCGCAGUGUGAAGCCAGCCUGGCCAGUAAAGUUCAUGAAACUGACCACCAAUGAAACACACACACACACAC